AUGCCCGAAGAAAAUAAACCCAUAAAAGUUAAAAUUAUUAGCAUGGGAGAUGAAGACACGGGGAAGACCUGUCUGAUCAAACGGUUUUGUGAGAAACGUUUUGUUUCAAAGUACUUACCAACGAUCGGUAUAGACUAUGGUGUAUUCAGAACCAAGGUAGGAAACAAUGAGCUACGCGUUGAUAUAUUUGACAUGUCUGGAAAUCCUUCAUUUUACGAUAUUCGAAAUGAAUUCUAUAAAGAUACAAAUGGUGCUAUUUUGACUUUUGACGUAACAAACAGAAAAACAUUUGAAAAUCUGAUUCGGUGGGUUCAUGAGUUGCAUUUCGAAUCCGGUGAAGCUAAUUCGGUUUCAUCUCCAGUCAUAAUUCUUUGUGGUAACAAGGUAAUGCUACAUUUGUCGAUUACUGAGUUUACUUAAAUUCGUCGAACCAGUUCUUUUUACAGAUUUAGCUUAUUUUACCUAGUUUGAGUGCAAAUAUAUGUCAUGAUGUUUAGUUAUACGAUUUCACUCCGUGUAUGUAAUACCUAAAGUUAGGCAUGCUAGGUUCGGCUUAUAUAAAAGAAUGAUCAGAUCAAUUUGUCGGGAAGUUGUUUCGCUUUAUGACUUUCCAUCCUUUUUCACAAUUUUUACAUAUUUCUUUAUGCUACGAUGUAAUUGGCUCGGUUUGUCUUCUCAAGGAAUUCAGUAGGAAUUAAUGUGUUUCAGCACAUUGACACAUAGAAUAGCUGUUAUAUAAAUAAUCUUAUUGAUUGUGUUAGUAAGUUAAUGUUUCCAGAAUGCUUAUCUAUACUUUUUUGACGCUUUCUAUAAGUAUCAUAGUUCUUUUGAACAUAUUUCACUCACUUAUCUUCACAAAGUUUAUCUUAAGGAAUAAGUAAAAGACGCAGUCAGUUAGAAAAGUUGGAACUCACUGAUGCACAUAUUGUAGUCAUUUUCGUGAGGAGAAGAGCACUUUUCAGCAUGUUUCUACAUCAACGCUUAUAAUUAUAUCGAACAAUCCCUGUUUAACUUAACAGAAUUGAGUUAUUUUGAAUAUAAUUGUGUUAACUCUUUUCAACAAGAUCAGUCUAUAAAGGUUGAUAAAGCGCCAAGAGCAGUGAGUUAUUAUGAAGUAUCUGAAUGGGCAGCAAUACAUCAGUAUCCAUACCUUGAAACAUCCGCACUUAGUGGUCAUGGAGUUACAGAAACUUUUAAUACUUUAUUUGAAAGUAUUAUUAAUCCAGAAAUCUAUCAAUCUUAUAUACCGAAUCAUGUUCAUUUUCAUCAAAAUUCAAAUAAUCCUACAUAUCAAGAAGUGAAUUCUAUACAUCAUAAUUCAACAAUGAAUAUUCCAAAAUCAAAUUCAAAAUUGAAUCAUUCAUUUAAACAAUUCAACAUGCCUUCUUCACCAUCAUCAACCGCUUCAUUUAAAUCAAAUCAAAAUGAACCAUGUAAAAUGACAUAUCAAAAUCUUUUAGAAAUAAAUCGUAUUAAAAAUGCUAAAAAUAAUUAUGAACGAUUAGGGAUUAGUAUGACAGCUAGUAGCGAAGAAAUUCAAAAAGCAUUUCGUCGUUUAGCCUUUAUUGUACAUCCUGAUAAAAAUAAUACUCCAGGCAGUGAAGAAGCUUUCAAAAUAUUGGUAAAAGCAAAAGAUUCUUUACUUUCAUUAUCAAAUGGAUCCAGUUGGUUCAGUUCUAAAGUUUAAUUGUAGCGAAUGUUUUGUUUUCCUCAUAAUAAUUUGUUAUUAUUGACAUUUCAUAAACUGUGAUACUUCUUGUGAAUGACAUCCUUUCUAUGAAUCAUAUGUAGGUCUGAUUAUUUUGAUAUAAAAUAUUAACUACUUGUAAGUAGGACAAUUUAUUUUGCUAAAUAUUUUCACCAUGAUUUAUGUACUUAUUAUGAAUGAAGUCUAUUUGUACACUGAAUAUCAACAAUACUUAUUCGUAGAUUUGUAUUUGCAUUACCAGAUAGAAAUUGUUGUGAUAUACCAUACUUUAAAGUAUUACUGAUCACUUCUAAAAUUUGAAUUGUAGGUUACUAAGAAUACUUUUUUUGACAUUAACGAAUCUAUACUGUUAUAUCAAGUGAAUUAACCAAAAAGUAGUAUUGUAACUAGGUGGAUGAUGUUCAAUAAGCAUUUCCUAGAGAGUAUGAGAUCAAUUAUUUUCCACUGAAUGGUGUGAACAGGAUUGUAAGUGUUGGGACGGCUUCCGAGAAUUACAACGGAGCCUCAAGAGACCCUUAAGGAACCUAAGUUUCCAUCUGACCAGAACGUGACGGAGCUUUCUAGAA